AUGGAAGAGAACUUUGACGUGGUCAUCAUCGGCGCGGGUAUCUCCGGCCUCAACGCUGCAUACCGCCUCAAGUCCGAGUUCCCCAACCUUCGAUAUACCAUCGUGGAGGCUCGCGAUAAUCUCGGUGGCACCUGGGAUCUCUUCAAAUAUCCCGGUAUUCGCUCGGAUUCGGAUCUUUUUACCUUCGGCUUUGCCUGGCACCCGUGGGAAUCGGACAACCCGAUCGCUCACGGCCCCUCGAUUGUCAAGUACCUAAAUAAUGCUGCCGAGCAUCAUGGGAUCAAGAAGCAUAUCAAAUUCCAACAUCGCAUGCUAGGCGCCGACUGGUCCUCAACCGAUAACAGCUGGUCAGUCAGCGUCGAGCACGAGGGCAAAACCAAGUCAAUCUCUGGCCAGUUCCUGGUGUUUGGAACCGGAUACUACGAUUACAACAUGCCUCUUCAAACCGAAAUUCCUGGCAUCGAACAGUUCCAAGGGCAGGUCAUUCAUCCGCAGUUCUGGCCAGAGAACCUGGACUACUCCGAUAAGAAAAUCGUCAUCAUUGGCAGCGGUGCUACAGCUAUCACACUUCUUCCCAACCUCGCGGAGAAAGCAAAGCAUGUAACAAUGCUGCAGCGCAGCCCGACCUACAUCCUCUCUUUACCGAACAGAGCCUCCUCAUGGCUACGCUACAUCCUCCCCACAUCACUUAACCGCCGACUCCAACGCGUGCGCUACCUCUACAGCACACGCUGGUUCUUCCUCUUUUGCCAAGCCUUCCCCAACUUCUCCCGCUGGCUCCUCGGACGAGGAAUCUCCCGCCAGCUCCCAAAACACAUCCCUUACGACCCCCAUUUCAAACCCAGCUACAACCCCUGGGACCAACGACUAUGCGUUUGCCCAGACGGCGACUUCUUCAAGAGCCUCCACACUGGCCGCGCAGAUAUCAAGACAGACACAAUCAGCCAAGUCACGUCUUCAGGCAUCGAACUCAACUCCGGCACCAAACUCGACGCGGACAUCAUCGUCACAGCAACAGGCCUCCGCCUCCAACUCGCCGGUGGCACUUCUCUAGCCGUUGACGGGACUCCCCUGUCCUUUGGCGAUAAGUAUGCUUGGCACGGGAUGAUGCUGCAGGAUCUGCCCAAUGCCGCGUUCCUGUUGGGUUAUGUCAAUGCUUCGUGGACGCUUGGUGCUGAUGCCACGUCGCAAUUUGUUUGUCGUUUGCUAAAGACGAUGCAGGAGCGUGGUGUUAAGGCCGCUGUUCCGAGGUUGAACCCUGUUACUGAUCAAGGGUUGCAGCCGCGGAGACUUUUGUCGUUGAAUUCUACUUAUGUGCUCAAGGCCGAGAACAGUUUCCCUAGGUCUGCGGAUCGGGGGCCUUGGGUUUCAAGGGAUAAUUAUUUUGAUGAUUUGAAGUUCGCGAAGAACGGGUCGUUGGUGGGUUUGGAGUUUUCGGGAGAGAAGAAGGGGAUGUGA